UCUCAACAAGGCAGUGUAAUCACUAACGUCAAUGUCUCCGGGCUUCGACCCUCCACCUACACCUGCACCACUGGAUUAGGUACUCUGGUUUCGACCCAGUCAGAUUUUGGGCUGACCACCAUGCCUGAACAGCUUCCAUCAGGUGCUGCUAAUCAGAUACAUCUCAUUGGUGGUCCGGAAAAAACUCAGCUACAAUCUCAGCUUCAACCCCUCAUUUUGCCGACUGUCGCAACUUCUACUAUUGAUGCUACCUCCUUGACUGUCACUGCUCAAUCUACCAUCCCUAAUCUAUUCCAUCGUCCCCAUCUUUCUGCUUCUCCUUUUAAGACGACACAGUCCGAGGCCGAUUUGAAUCUUCCCAGCCUCAAGUCUUGCAUCCAGAUUGACGAACAGGCAUCCAGGGCUAGAGGUACUUUCCAUGUGCUGAAAGUGGAGCGUUAA